CAAAUUAAAAUAACAAGUACAAAAGAAAGCUAAACAAAACAGAGCGGAAACUUUUCAGUCCCCUGCUUGUAGCUGGCCAGAUUUUCACUUGACCAGCUCCUCCCGCUUUUCAGUAUUGGUCCACUUUCUUGGUCUUGUGUUCAAAUAAAUAAAAUUGAAACAAAAAUCAUAAUGCGCUCUCGGUGUGAGCUCCCAGUCUCGGCCCCAAACUGUGGAGAGCAGCACACCUUUAAGCACAUGGGCUGGUUAGCUAACGUGGCCCAGGUGCGUGUGCUCUCUCCACCAGCCAAUAUGCCUCUGCAGCGGAUUGAAUGCUGAAGUGUGUGUGAGAACAGACAACACAGACGAGGUGGGAUCAAGUCAAAAAGAGAACGCAGCGGCUCUUUACGGCCCAGUAACUUGGCACAGCAUUAACCCAUAGACCGUAUGCAUUAGCCGGAACAUAACAGUUUGGUCACCCGACCACAACGCCUCCGGUUCGCUCGGGCCGGGGGUGGAGACGGCGUGAGGGCCUCUCCUGUGCCUCUGGCACUCUCAGGUGGCCCCGCAGCUAUUGUUUCCUGAUUCUUGCAUCGGGGUGUGUCUGGCUGAGAAGUGAAAGUAAAGAAAAAUCUGAAGUUGCUUCUGAAGGAGACAGCCUUUGCCUCAUUUUGUGAAAUGGCGGCUAAAGCUUCAUUUUUGGAAGAGGAGUUAUGUUGUUCUGUGUGCUGUGCGAUUUUCAAGGACCCCGUCCUCUUGGAGUGCAGUCACAGUUUCUGUAGAGUCUGUUUGCAGCAGUGCUGGGGGGAGAACAGUCCUCGGGAGUGUCCCAUCUGCAGGAGCAAGGCCUCUUCAGGCCACCCUCCCAUUAACCUGGCUUUAAAAAACAUUGUGGAGUCCUACUUAAAGCAGAAGACCGAGUGUGAGGCUGCAGAGGCAAGUGAAGACCACUGCCCUCUUCACAGAAAGGAACUUCUGUUCUUCUGUGAGGAUGAUUUGCAGCCUCUCUGUAUUGUGUGUCAGACUUCAAGAAAACACAGAAAUCACCAGAUCUGUCCUAUGGAAGAGGCUGUUCCGGAUAUGAAGGAUGGACUCAUGACAGCAUUAAUUCCUAUUAAAGAAAAGUUAGAGAUUUACACUGAAGUUACACAAGAGUGUGAAAAAACCAUAAAACACAUCAGGAAUCAAGCCCAGCACACAGAGAACCAGAUAAAGGCAGAUUUUGAGAAGCUUCACCAAUUUCUGCGAGCGGAAGAGGAGACCAGACUAGCUGCACUGAGGGAGGAAGAGGAGCAGAAGUGUCAGUUGAUGAAGGAAAAGAUAGAGAACUUCACACAAGUUAUCACCACCCUUUCAGACAAAAUCAAGGCAAUUGACAAAACCAUAGAGGGUCAAGAUGCUUUCUUCUUAAAGACCUAUAAGGAUGCUAAGAGAAGAGCCCAGUGCACACUGCAGGAUCCAGAGCUGCUCUCAGGGUCACUGAUAGAUGUGGCCAAACACCUGGGCAACCUGAAGUUCAGAGUCUGGGAGAAGAUGCUGGAGAUGGUGCUGUACACCCCUGUGAUUCUGGAUCCCAACACUAUGUCCCCCCAGCUCUGUCUGUCAGAUGAUCUGACUUGUGUGAGGCUCUCUGAAGUUAAACAACAGGUUCCUGACAACCCAGAGAUGUUUUCCUGUGGCGGUGUAAUGGUGUUGGGCUCAGAGGGUUUUACUUCAGGGAAACACAGCUGGGAGGUGGAGGUGGGGGAAAAACCUGCCUGGACUAUAGGAGUGGUGAGAGAGUCCAUCAACAGAAAGGAGGCCAUUUCAUGCACCCCAAGGAGUGGAUUCUGGGUCCUAAUGCUGUGGAACGGUGAUUACCUUGCAUCUGGAGUAGCUGCCCUCAAUCUGAAGAGGAAGCCCCAGAGGAUCAGAGUGGAGCUGGACUAUGACAGGGGGGAGGUGUCCUUCUUUGACCCCAGUGACAUGUCACAUAUUUACACUUUUGAUAGCACAUUCACUGAAAAAAUCUUCCCAUUUAUCAGUCCCUACCAAAAUGAUGAGGGCAGAAAUGCUGGGGCCCUGCAGAUCUGUCCAUUGUCUGUAAAAGUAAUGAAAUCCCAGUAAGUGUGUCAUUAAUAAUGAUGUCACCUCAGUGAGUGCAUCAUUAAUAGUGAUGUCAUCACCGUGAGUGUAUAAUUAUUAGUGAUGUCAUCCCAGUGAGUGUCUCAUCUCAAUGAAGGUGUCUGUAACUGAUGUGGACUAAACUAUUAAAAUCGUUGAAGUGGAUUG